AUGGCAGAGAGUCCUUACGAGGUGGCAAAAAAUGACAAGCGUCAAACUACAAAUCUGAACCUUCCCCCUGAAGAUCUCGAUUCAUCUGGUGAUGAAGAUGAUGCAUUCUCAGGUUCAGGUGCAGGUCCCAUGACUGACCAGUCUCACACCUGGAGAAUCCCAGAAGAACCAACUAAUUCCUCAGUACUGGCAGCACCAGUGGAUUUCAACAAACAGCCAUUUCCUGGGAUUGAGAGCCGAACUGAAAAAGAAGUAGUAUCUCCUUCUGCAACUAGUAAUCUAGUGACAGAGGAACCAGUUGUAGCUGUGAAGGAUGAAGUACCCAUUUCAGGCUCAUCUGAUGGGAAACCAACAAGUUCUUUGGUCACAACAACAGUGAGAAGCCCCACUACUCAUUUUCCUUCAGUGGUUCAUGUAACUCCUUCAGAAGCCUCAGGUGUGGUCCAUGAGCUUGAACCUAAAAUCCCUAGCUCUGAUGUGCCAGACACGAAAGACAUGCCUGAGCCCCACUCUACUGUCCAUCAUGAGGGAGAUAUCACUGACACCUCCACAACGACAGCUCCAAAGGACAUCAUUCCUACACAUGAGGAAGUUUCUGAAGAUGGCUCUGGAGACCCGGGAGACUUAUUCUUGACGAAAGAUGAAGAUUUGGUCCCCACCCAGAACUCGGAAGUACCAGCUGACUCUGGGAGGAAUGCCAAAGCAGCAGGAGCCUCGGGAAUUAUGGACAGAAAAGAAGUUCUUGGAGGUGUUAUUGCUGGAGGACUAGUAGGCUUGGUGUUUGCAGUGUUUCUAGUUGCGUUUAUGCUGUACAGAAUGAAGAAAAAAGAUGAAGGCAGCUAUUCACUGGAUGAACCAAAACAGUCUAACGGAGGGUACCAAAAACCACACAAACAAGAAGAAUUCUAUGCAUAAACACUGAACUUCAGGACACUUCUUAUUCCAUCUUUCUUGGACUCUUCUCUCCCUGCACGUGGACCUUCUAGUGUGCUUUGCAUUAAAUUUAAGCCAUAUGAUCAUUGGGUUAUUUGCCCUUACCACUUUGCCAUUGGAAAUUUUGUAACUACAAAGUAGAUCUGGAUUCAUUGGACAUUCCCUGCUUUCUUGCACAACUUUUUUUAUUUUUAAUUUUUAAACAGAAGUGGGACUGCCAGUUCCUAAACUCACUUUGGUUUAUCUAAAGACUGCUGGGACAGGCAGUGGGAAGAAGAUAAGGGAGCACUGUAUGUAUAAAACUCUUGAUAUUUAGGGAAAGGGCUAGCAAGAAUAAACAAUUUUCAGUGCUUGAAUUCUGUACAGCAGGGAUCCUUCCUAUUUAACUCAUAGAUGUGUUUUGAGUGUCACAAGUGGCUGUGCUGGGCAGACACUUGGUACACUGCAAUCCUCUAGCUCUUUCUGAUUGCUGUAUUUGGAGCACUUAAUGCCUACGAAACAUCAAGCUGAACAUGACUUCUAGU